CAACCCAGACGCCAGGUCGAACUACGAGUCUCUUCAAAACACCUAUCACUCGCAUCCGAGGUGUUCAGAAAUUCCAGAGAGAGUCGUUCAAACGGCGACGAAUCAAUAAUGACUAUCUCUUUCCCAUGUGAUGAUCUUGAUGCAAUGCGAAUUCUACUCAAUAUAAUCCAUGGGCUGACAAGGAGAGUCCCACGGCAAGUGGAGGUAAAGUUGUUUGCGCAGGUCGUCAUUCUGAUAGACAAAUACGAGUUUCAUGAGGUGGCUGAAGUCUUCACGGACAUGUGGUUCGAUUCCCUUCGAGCAAGCAUUUUGCAAGAUCAUCCUCAAGAUAUGGCUUGCUUGAUCUCUAUCUGCUGGGUGCUCAAGAAGUCUUCUGAGUACCGCUCCUUGACUAAGAAAGCCAUAAUAGAGAUUACCGGACUCGAAAACGUGGGUGUGCGGAUUCCCCAAUGGAUUGAUGGAGAGAUCCAAUCUCGUCGGCAAGCUAUAUUGGGGAAACUUCUUAUGACGUUCUCGAAACUCCUUGAUCGUUACCACGGUUCGCAGCGAUUGUGCCAUCAACAGACAAACUGUGAUCCUCUCGCCCUCGGCAAGCUUAUCAGAUGCUUGCAGUUUCUUGAGAUCUACCCAAUUCCAGAACCUUCUGCGAUAAAGUCAUCACUUCAAUAUCUU